UUAAUUGUGAUGUCAUAAAAAAAGUAGUGGGUAAAUCGUGUUUAUAUAGUUACACACACUCUUUUUUUUGUUCUUUUUUCCACAAAAGGAAUAUCUUUUUUUGUAGAUUCCGAGUAGGUUCUUUUCUGGGUUUUGUUUUAAAAAAUACAAACUUUAAUGGGGAAUGUUAAUGGAAGAGAAGAAAUUGGUCAAUCUGGUGUUGAUGGUGUUGGGGUUCAAGAAACUAUGGAUGCUCGAGAUGGUGAAUUCAUGGGUCAAUCUCCACCUUCAAGUCCUAGGGAUUUUCAUUCUCCAUUGAUGUUUCGACCUCAGAUGCCAGUGGUCCCUUUACAAAGACCUGAGGAGUUGCAUAUCCCAAACCCUUCAUGGAUGCAAACUACCUCAGGGUACGAAGAUUUGAAUGAUGAGCAAGGAGUUCCCACACUGAUAUCAUGGACCUAUGAUAGCAAAGAAGUUGCCGUGGAGGGAUCAUGGGAUGAUUGGAAAUCAAGGAACCCUUUGCAAAGAUCUGGUAAAGAUUUCACCAUUUUGAAGGUGCUUCCUUCUGGAGUUUACCAGUAUAGGUUUAUAGUUGAUGGACAAUGGAGGUGUUCUCCUGACUUGCCAUGCGUCCAGGAUGAAGCAGGGAAUACUUGCAAUAUUUUGGAUGUGAAGGAUUAUGUACCAGAAGAUAUUGAAAGUAUUUCUGGUUUUGAACCUCCUCAGUCCCCAGAUUCCAGCUACAAUAACAUGCAACUUGGAGCAGAGGACUACGCCAAGGAGCCACCUUUAGUUCCGCCUCAUCUACAGAUGACUUUGCUUAACGUUCCAUCAUCUCACAUGGAAAUUCCACCUCCUUUGUCGAGACCCCAACAUGUGGUACUUAACCACCUGUACAUGCAGAAAGGAAAGAGUACCCCGUCUGUGGUAGCACUCGGUUCAACCAAUCGAUUCCUGUCCAAAUAUGCGACAGUGGUACUUUACAAGUCCAUACAGAGGUGAACGUUCCCAACACCCGUCUGGAUGAUACGUCUUUUAAUAACUUAAAUCUGGUGACAACUCAUGGCCACUCAAGAAAAGCAGCAACGAAAUGUGUUGGUUUACCUGUAAUCACUUAUUCGCAGUUCACACGAAAAAUAACACGGUUGAAAGAGAGAAACUGUGCUUGUUGUACUUUUGAGUUGUGCUGGAAUCUAGAGUUUAGUAGAUAGGAUAGGAUGUUUAAGCUUUUUAAUGGAAUCCAUGAACCAUAAUCUCUUGUUUUGAAUGAAAAUUUUGUCUUUUAGUUUUGUUGAAUUACAA